GCCAAUACAGCCGCUCCCUUGGCGCCAUUUUGGCCGCGACUGAUACUGGGACCAAAAUCGCGGGGGAAAAAAUCAGAAUUACUUACUGCCAAAUCGUUCCCUCUUUUCUCUGGUCAGCGUCGGCAGUUGCAUCCCUCUUUCCCCAUUCUCACAUCUGGCGCCGGCGUUCCGUUCAUCCGUGGCUUGUGAGUGAAAUUACUAGGCCAGCGAGCAGCGAGAGAAAGAAUGGAGAUAGUUCGUCGUCCUCAACUCAAGUCUACUGCAAUCGAUCGCGGCGUUCCAACUCUUCCGCUCUACCGCUCGGCUCCAUCUCUCGAAGUUCGGCUCGAGGAUUUCGAGCUCUACGCCAUAGAUCGACUCCGAGUCCUCACGGGCAUUUCCGAUGGAUUGUCUCGCGGGAAGAGACCCGAGGAAAUGGAGAAACUGGUCGCUGAACUGUGGAAAGCAAACAUGAGGCAUCCCCAAGCAUCGGAGGUCAUGAACAAGGAUAUCAUCUCUCAUUUCGUUCUCCGUCUUGUCUACUGUAGAACGUAUGGUUUAUGCGCCCUCUCUCUCGAUUAUUGUUGCUUCCAUUUCCUUGCUUAUCGUGUCCGAAUCCUUGCUCACAGGGAGGACUUACGGAAGUGGUUUCUUUCCAUGGAGACGGCUCUAUUCCGCUAUAGGUUCCGCCUUCAGACGGCUGAAGCUCAGAGGGCUGUAUUGGCUGAGUUUCAACUUCCUUACAAGGCAGUCACUACGUCAGAGUUCGAGGUUAUAAAGGACAAACUGACUCUAGUUGCCCGUUCAAUCAACCAAACUUUACCUACAGCUGAUGCUAUAUUUUACAAGGUUCCAUUUCAAGAAGUUCCCGAACUUGUGGCUGGCCGUAGAGUUUUCCUAAGCGAUGGGUAUGCUUAUGUCGCCAUGAAUCAGGUCGUGUCUCUUGUGGCCACUCAGUUUCGAAGUCUUCUCUCAAAAGCGCUCACUCUAACUAACAGGAAAUGGAUGUCUACCAUUAGAGAACAGGAGAAGGAUAGGUUAACUCCUAUCGUGGAAGCCUUAUCAACGAGCUACGUGGGUCCUGACUAUUCUGUGGGAAGGGAAUUUGGUGAGGUGUCACUGAAAGACAUCGACAAUGUGGCCAAGAGCUCGUUUCCCUUGUGCAUGCGCCAUCUAUUUGACAAACUCAGAGAGGAUCAUCAUCUCAAGCACUGGGGGAGAAUGCAAUUGGGUCUCUUUCUCAAGGGAGUUGGGCUGAAGUUGGAUGAUGCGCUUGCUUUCUGGAAGGCAGAGUUCUCUCAAAAGGUUGGAGCAGAGAGGUUUGACAAAGAAUAUGCAUACAGCAUUCGGCACAAUUAUGGCAAAGAAGGGAAGAGAGUGGACUAUACGCCUUACUCAUGUCAAAAGAUCAUCUCCUUAACUCCUAGUGUAGGAGAUCAUCAUGGAUGUCCUUAUCGUCAUUUUAGCGAAGAGAACUUAAGAGCGGCACUGUGUAAGAUGGGAGUAAACAGUGGCGGGGUGGAGGAUGUGAUGGACAAAGUGCGACAUAAGCACUAUCAGUUAGCAUGCACGUUAACAUUCGAAGCCAUCCAUGGUUGUCCAAACGACGCUGGAAUUAAUCAUCCCAAUCAGUACUUCAGCGACAGCCAGAAGAUACUAAAGUCCAAGGUUCCUUCGACGGCUGAGUAGCUUUUGGGAAUUGUGAUUACGUUGUUUAGAUCAUCAGGUGUUUCCAGGUAUGUUGUUCUAAUUUACUUGAAGCACCGAACAUAUCUGCUUCAUCCUUGUUAUUGGAACGUUGUUCCCUGCAAUUGUUGCAUGUGUAGUCAUUAGAAUCAAAGGUAAGGGCCUAAAUAUGCCGGAAUUGAUCCGUGAUCUCACUUAUUAGAAGAGAUGUGGGGAGUGGAAGUGCAAGCAGGCCACGUGUUGUACUUUUGAACCAGUGACUGUAGCUUAAGAUUAGUUGGGCUGUUGGUGGCUUGGGGUGGUUAACCUGAAGUUUGCUUACUCUACGUUGGUAAUACGCAAAAUAGAAUCUGCGUCUGAUUCCAACCAACCUUGGGACACCUGACAGACAAACUUCAGCUUAACGUCCUCUAAAAGGAAAAGCCUAACCAGUAACCACCUGAAUCUUUGAUAAGUAGCUUUUAACUGCCGACUGUUUGCAUUAGGCGUUCCUGUUGGUGUAUGUUUGGUUUCAGGCUUUCGGCUAUUCAAGGAUAGGUUCACACCCACUAUUUGCAUUCUAUUAGCUGAGAUGUAUGAAACACACUCUGCAAAGAAACUGUGUUUAUUUAUUGUAUGUAUUUUAUAUCGCACUGCAUCAAGACCCAAACUAACCGGUG